AUGAUAAUCAGAGAAAAUAUGUAUAAUUAUUAAUUUCGAAUAAUUGUGUAAAUUAUUUAAUCAUUCUAAUUAAUAGCAACAUAACAUUAGAGUUAAGUUUACGGCUAUUGACCAUCAAUAACUUUGGAUUGUAUAAAAGAUAAUGAAAAAUUUUUGGACUAUUGUUUAUCAAAGCUUCAAUCAUUUUAUUUUAAAGUUAAGAUUGAGUUGAGAUAAAUUAAUAUUCUUUACUACAUAAAUUUUCAAAAUGAUUCUUAUUUUUAUAUUUACAAUUAUAAGCAAAAUAAAAUAAUAAUUUCAAUUAAUAGAGAUAAAUUUGUAGUACUUGAAACUUAAGGGGACUAUUAUAUAGUAAACAAAAACUAUACCAAUCAUUUGAGAGUAAUUUAAUUUAAAGACGAGUAACUACUCUAAUUAAAAAUAAAGUUUUAAGAAGAAAUUAUAAAUGCUUAAAAAAUUUCAUAAAGUGUAAAUCUUUACAUAAUAAUUCAAACUUACCUUCUUUAAUAUAAUAAAAUUUUUAACUAAAUUUAUAUAGAGAAUAUAGAUAAACAUAUUCUUUAUUAUUUUUUCUUAAUUUUAUUGUAUCUUUCCAAGAGUCUUUAUUAAUCAGAACCUAUUCUAUUUUAUUAAGAAAUGGGAUAUUAAAAGUUUACUUAGUAUCAAAAUGUUAUAGCUGUUCAAAAUCAAGGAAAUAUUAGAUGUUUUAAAUUUUAAGUGGGAUUAAUUAAUUCAAUCGCAAAUAAAGACUAUUCAUAAUAGCAAUAUGAUGCAAUCUAAUAAUUUUACAUAAAAAAUCUCACAAGAUCACUUACCCUUAAUUACUAUUAUGAACUUGAAUUAGUCUUUCUGAUUAUUUAUUUUCAUAUCCAUUUAAGUACAUAAGAAACCCUUAUCAUUUAGCUAUUUUACUCAAGUAACACAUGAAGUUAUUUAUAGCUAUUUUUAUAUAAUACAUCCUCAUUGCAGUUUAAGAAAUUAUAGUUUAAUAUAAAGAAGCAUAAGUAGUUUUUAAUCAAUGGAAAAUUGUCCAAUUAAAAAAUCAUAAUUAAAUAAUAAGGUUUUGCUUCACAAAUUAAUCACUUAUUUCUACCCUCUAACAUAUAAUAAUUAAAUCUAAUUUAACCCUGAUGGGUUGA